GCGCCGCCCCCCACUUCCGGCUUGCGCGGCCAGAGGCCGUUCUGCUCCCCACCCUGGGGUCGGUCCCCGCAGCCCGCGGAGCGAAGGCAUUGUCCACCUGAGGAGCUCUUUGAAGAAUUGGAAUUCAGAAAGAAUCUCUCAGACACAGACGUCCGUCCCCUCCCCGCUUCAACUAGGCAGCCUCUUCAGGCUAUCUCUGCCCAGAAUGGCAGGAAAGUCUGCAGCCUUGGUCUACCAUGCUCCAAAAGAGCAGGAAGGACUCAUAAUUGUGAAGGUCGAAGAAGAAAAUUAUGUUUGGGGGCAGGACUUUGGCCUUCAGGGAAAUGCCUAUAGUCAGGAGGCCUUCCGCCAGCGGUUCAGGCAGUUUGGUUACUCUGACUCCGCGGGGCCCCGGGAGGCUCUGAGCCGGCUCCGCGAGCUUUGCUCUCAGUGGCUGAGGCCAGAGGUGCACAGCAAGGAGCAGAUCCUGGAGCUGCUGGUGCUGGAGCAGUUCCUGGCCAUGUUGCCUGAGGAGCUGCAGACCUGGCUUCGGGAGAACCGACCAGAGAGUGGAGAGCAAGCCGUGAUGAUGCUGGAGGAGCUGGAGAAGGAGCUUGACGAGCCAAGGCAACAGGACACAGCUCAUGGCCAAGGAAUGAUCUGGAAGGAAAUGACAUCUAUGGGAGCACUGAAGUCACUGAGUAUCCAGCUCCAGCCCUUGGAGAACCAGGGCAAGAAUGAGAUUCAGGAGCCCCAGGGUUUCUGUGAGAGAGAUGGCAAGCUGGUGGCUGACAAAUUGUUGACAGCAAAGCAAGAAAUUAUUGAAUGUGUGGCAUCAGCAGCCAUGAUAUCCUCAAGACGACUCCCUGGGGAAACUCCUUCAGGACAGGUAGUUGAAGAAGCUUUGGGAGGUCUGGACGAUUUUGAGAAGCCAAAAGGAAGUGCUUCAGGGGACAAAAUGAGUCAGCUCCCUUCCCAGGAAAGACAUUUUAGCCUGGCAAGCUUCAACAAGGAAAUUUCCACAGAAGAGAGUGUCCUGGAGUGUAAUGAAGGUGAAGGAAGUCUCUGUCUGAACUCAAAUGUUAUAACACAACCGAGAAUUCACACUGGGGGAAAGCUCUAUGAGUGCUUCGACUGUGGGAAAGCCUUUUGUCAGAACUCAAAGCUGAUUAGACAUCAGAGAACUCAUACUGGAGAGAGACCUUAUGCAUGUAAAGAAUGUGGCAAAGCCUUUAGUCUGAGCUCAGACCUUGUUAGACAUCAGAGAAUUCAUAGUGGUGAAAAACCCUACGAAUGUUGUGAAUGUGGAAAAGCUUUCAGGGGCAGCUCAGAGCUCAUCAGGCAUCGGAGAAUUCACACUGGAGAGAAACCUUAUGAAUGUGGUGAAUGUGGGAGAGCUUUCAGCCGGAGCUCAGCCCUUAUUCAGCAUAAGAAAAUUCACACUGGAGACAAAGGCUAUGAAUGUAUUGAAUGUGGUAAGGCUUUUGGUAGAAGCUCUAUCCUUAUUGAACAUCAAAGAAUUCACACUGGAGAGAAACCUUAUGAGUGUAAUGAAUGUGGAAAAUCCUUCAAUCAGAGCUCAGCCCUCACCCAGCACCAGAGAAUCCACACUGGAGAAAAGCCUUAUGAAUGUAGUGAAUGUAAGAAAACAUUUAGGCAUAGAUCAGGCCUUAUGCAGCAUCAGAGAACUCACACCAGAGUUUAA